GAAAUCUUUCUGUGAUAACGUUUUUUAAAGUUGUGUUCUGUGUAGUUUAAUAAGUUAUCAAAAAUCUCAUUCAAUUUAUCUUAAUAUAUUAAACGGAUAAACUAUUAGAAAAUAUAUUUUGUAUUUUUAAACUUUUACAUUUUUACAGUAUUAUAAUUAAAGAUGAGUAGUGGAUCUUUGGAUAUGUCAAAGGCAGGAAAUGCUUUAUGGCUUGUUAAAGUACCUAAAUACGUCGCAGAUAAAUGGGAUAAUGCCCCGGGUAGCUUAGAUGUGGGUAAAAUUAAGGUAACAAAUACACCAGGAAAAAGACCAGAUAUUUCACUUCAUCUGUCCGAAGCCGUUUUAUGCUUGGAGGGUGAAAAGAACAAUGAGCCAAUACCCAAAUCAUUCAAAUUAGAUGUGUCACAUUUUACUAGCCAAACAAUGGUUGCAUUAUCUGAACAAAGAAUGCCUUAUAAUCCAGAUGCAGUUGUGCAAGAAACAGAUAGGUUAGCUAUACUAGGAAAAAUAAGUCAGAAACUAGAAUGUCGGCCUAUUGGAGAUAAGGUUUAUAUGGAUUUAAAAAAACAAGCUAUACGAAAAGCACAUAUUCCAACCAGACAAGUUCAAAAGUUAGACAAAGUAGUUCAAAAUUUCAAGCCAAUAUCAGAUCAUAAACAUAAUAUUGAAUAUAAUGAAAAGAAGAAAUCUGAAGGCAAAAAGGCACGUGAUGAUAAAGAUGCUGUCAUGGCUAUGUUGUUUAAGGCAUUUGAGAAACAUCAAUAUUAUAACAUCAAAGAUUUAGUUACAUUGACUAAACAACCAGUAGUAUAUUUAAAAGAAAUCCUAAAAGAAGUUUGUAAUUAUAAUCUCAAACAUCCACAUAAAAAUAUGUGGGAGUUAAAACCUGAAUACAGACAUUACAAAGAACAAGAAGACACAGAGACAAAUUAGUAAUAAUUAUUGUAAUUUAUAUUUAACAUGACUAUGAAUAUUAUAACUGCAUAUUUUGAAUUUUGUGAGAUAUGAAUUAUGAUAGAUUCAAAAUUA